CUUGGAGCGUAUCAUAUGCCCACGCGAAAACCGUUUGUAGCCAACCAAUCAGAAACAAUUAUCCUUUGGCGCCAAAUUUCAUUCACUURUACUGAAGCCUUCAAAUAUCAAGCCAGGCACGCAGCAAGUUCAGUGUUCGUUGGCCCUCGUAAAGAUAGAGAAGGAAAGCAAAGGCGUCAUACAAGCAAUUUCAUGAUGUACUUCAGAGUGACUCUAUACCUUUGCCUGCUAUUUGCAGGAAUAUCAAUUGUUCUUGGUCAGAUGUUUCUUCAUCGUGCACACGAUAAAGUUCCGUGUAAGGAUAAAUCGAGUCUUUGCGAGCAUUAUCCAAAGGAAAAACACUGUGUAGAGAAGUCGUCUUUAUUUCGUUUCAUGCAGAAAAACUGUGCAAAUUAUUGUGGUAUUUGUAAUUGCCGCAACUGGAUUCACGGGUGCUGUAAAGACAGAAAAACACGUGCAGACGGUCCAAACGAAGGCGGAUGUUCUCAAAAGCUUUGCUACGACGUCAAGCCAGACACGUGCAAGGAGUUCAGAAGAGACGGAAAGUGCAGCACCGAUAAGGAAACGGCAACCAAGAUAUGUCCCUGGGCCUGUAAUGAGUGCCGCAGGAAAAGUCUUGCGCCAAUCAAAUCAUGUUACGACAUUGGAUACGGCUGCUGUUGGGAUGGUAGCACUGCUUUAGGUCSCAAUAAGAGAGGCUGUCCACCAUGCCGAGAUUUUUACGGCGGUCACGUCUGCAGACAAUUCAGGGUUCGUCCAACAUGCUACUACACAGGAGCGUUUUUCCGAAGGACAUUCCUGAUAAACUACUGCCCCAGGACUUGUGGAAUUUGUAGAGUUAAUCAGCUCCCCUGAUUGGAAGAAACGUAUCCCCGAGAGCACUAUGGCAAAACUGCAAAGCAACCCAACAUUAAUACAAAAUACUAUGUAAUGGUACUCCAUUGAAUUAGAACCYUCUCCAWRGCUUGCUAUUGUGGAUUUKUAAGAUUUAGUUUUUCGCUAACAUAAUGAGCAGACUCUCGAACAAGUGUAUUUUGAAUACGCUUUGACCAGAUUAGACAUUAGUUUGUAAAAAUACUGUCUAAACUCUUAGAGGGGGAAAAUAAAAAAAUCAAAAUAAAUAUUAUAGAAGCAUGAAUAGCUAUUAUUAUCAACACAAAAACAACAGUAAUUCAGUUGUUUGUCAUAAAUAUUAAUCGUAUUUGUUUUUAUUUGUAAGCUAAGUAUUUACAAUUUACAAGAGUACCAUAUUUGUGUUCAGUUUGUAUUUUAAGAAACAAAGCUACUUAUAACAAUAAAAAUGUACCUAAAUGUC